AUGGGUAUGGCACAUGUAACUAGUGGUCGAGCGACAUUUACCUAUCAAGAUUUAAUAAAUACAAAUCCAUCAACAACACCUAAAUCAUUUAUUCCAAAAAGUCUUCUUAAACGUAUGUUAAUUCGUGAAAAUGAAUUACGUUUAUCCGAUGAAUAUCAAAAACGUUAUUGCGAAGCAGAAAAGAUAUCCUCAUCAUCAUCAUGGUUAAAUGUAACUGAUGAAUUACAACGACAAAUUAUUCAUGAAUUUAAUUUAGAUGAUGAAAUGGAUGAUGCACUAUUAUGUUUACGAUGUGCAACACAAAUAUAUCCUGAUUUAAAACAUAUUCCACUUUAUGUUCAAUAUAAUCGAGCUAGAGAUGGUGAUUUAAAAAUAGGUGAUAUUGCACCUAAUGUUCCAGUUGUUCAACUCAAUGGACAACAAACUCAAUUAUUUGAUGGAUUAAAAUCUUCAUCAACAGUAUUAAUUGAUUUAUAUAAUGUGUAUUAUAAAUAUAUUAAUUUUCGUUUUAUUUAUAUACUUGAAGCACAUGCACAAGAUGAAUGGCCUAUUUGUAGUGCACGAUGGAGUCCAACAGAAAUGCCAAUUCAAUAUAAUCAAACUCAUACAAUUGAAGAACGCUUAGCAGUUGCGAAAGAUUUUAUUCGAGAUUUUAGUUUUCAAAUGUCUAUUGUAAUUGAUAAACCAGAAGAUAAUUUAUUUGAAAAAUUAUAUUCAUCAUGGCCUGUUCGAAUAUAUGUUAUUGAUAAAGAUUAUCGUUUGACAUAUAUAGCUCAACCAAGUGAAAGUAUGUUAGAAUUGAAUGAAUUAAUUGAACAUUUACAAUUAAUUAUGAAAUCAAAAGAAUAG